AUGGCUCCGAACGAGAAGGUAUCAGAAACAAGCGACAAUCAGCCGUUCAACGAAUAUAAGAAUUCGAAUGAGGAAAAUGGCUGGAUGGGACCGCCGAAGCCCCCACCACCACCACGCGACGUCUCACUAGGCCCUAAACAUGUUCUGCUCUUGAUGAUCCCUGUCGUAGUAUUCACUUUGGCAUCGAUUGGUCUUCCGUGGUAUUGCAAACGGCAAUACGUGGAGCUAACAGCAGAUACCUACAAGAUUGAAGGAAUUGUUUAUCUAUUCAAAUCAGUAUUUUGGGUGAACGGCACGGAAAUCGCAAAGAUAAACACAGAUGAAUACUGUUACUCUAUUCGUGUGCGUACAAAAGUUCUGGAAACAUUCGUAAUUGUCUCAGCUGUCCUGGCCCUUCUAACAUUAGGCCUGAGUGUCGCCUGUGUUUUGAAGAAAGGACAUGUAAAAAUGCGUAAAGCCCUGAAGGCGUCGUUAGGCUGCACGUUAGUUGGGCUCUCAAUAGCAGUUGCUUUCAACUUUAGCAUUUACUAUUGGAGCUUUUCGGAUUGCCCAGAGCCUAGCUACCGCGUGAGAUUGUUUGAACCGCAUACAGCUUAUGUUCUAAUCGUCAUGGCGUGGGUUAUAACAAUUUGCACCACCUACAUUGCUGGGAACAACAUCACGAUCCCGUUGGAUGCUCGCUCCUUAGGCAUUUGUAGUGUAGCUUUUUUGCUAUCUACCCUCGUUGCCUUCAUCUUAUCAAUAUUGGCGUGCUUUAUUCCGCAUUGGUUUUACAAAGACGAUAUAACUCAACGAGUGUCCGAUGUUCUAUUGUGGUACCAUCGUGAAGGUAACUUUAACUGGAAUCACACUUCCCAUGCACCCCGAUAUUAUGUAUACGUCUCGGAUCUUAAUUGCCCCGCUCUGGUUAAACAUUUCAAGGCGAUCGAAGGGAUCAGUAUUGCUUCUGUUUCCAUAAACUUUUUUGCAUUCAUUACGGGAUUACUGCUCUGGUUAAGGCUCUCAGGUACCAUCAUACCGGCUGUCGUCUUCAGCUACUCUGGGUGCAUCAUCGCGCUCGUUCAAUUUGCACUGGAGCUCAAGGUGUAUUAUACCAACUGGUGCAGCGGUAUGUACGUCUAUAGCGGUCGUUUUUUCGUUUUAUCUGCUGGAUUUGAGGUUGUGGUGUCCGCAUUCUGUUUGAUGUGUGCAGCAUCCAGUGCUGCUACCAUUGUGUAUAUCCUAGAUAAAAAGUUUUUUGCCCUAAAAGGACCCUGGAGAUCCGCAAAAAGUAUAUUUCUAGGGUUGAUUAGUUAA